GGCUGGCAUCUCCGCCGCCGCUUCGCUUUCCCGUUUGCCAGUCUCCUGCCUCUGCCUCACCUUCUCCCUCCAGCGACCCCCCCUCUUGCCCAGCUCAUCCCAGCAUCUCCCCUCCCUCCCUCCCCGGGCUCUCCCAGGCUCCCUCGUCACUGAGCCAGGAGGCUACACGCCCAGCCUUCUAAGUGGGACCAGCUCACGCCGAGGGAGCUGCAGCCGAGCAGAGAACGUAACGGCCGCAGGUUGAGUAGGUGCAGCAGGAGUUGCAGCGGCCAGCGCCACCAGCGAGGAGGUCCCAAGCAGCAUGACCCGAAGAAGCGCCUUCCCCGCCGCUGCGCUCCGCCUCUGGAGCAUCCUCCCGUGCCUGCUGGUGCUGCGGGCAGAAGCCGGGCAGCCCCGGGAGGAGAGCCUGUACCUGUGGAUCGAUGCUCACCAGGCGCGAGUGCUCAUAGGAUUUGAAGAGGAUAUCCUGAUUGUUUCAGAGGGGAAAAUGGCCCCCUUUACACAUGAUUUCAGAAAAGCACAACAGAGAAUGCCAGCUAUUCCUGUCAAUAUCCAUUCCAUGAAUUUUACCUGGCAAGCUGCAGGGCAGGCAGAAUACUUCUAUGAAUUCCUGUCCUUGCGCUCCUUAGAUAAAGGCAUCAUGGCAGAUCCAACCGUCAAUGUCCCUCUGCUGGGAACAGUGCCGCACAAGGCGUCAGUUGUUCAAGUUGGUUUCCCAUGUCUUGGAAAACAAGAUGGAGUGGCGGCAUUUGAAGUGAAUGUGAUUGUAAUGAAUUCUGAAGGCAACACCAUCCUCCAAACACCUCAAAAUGCUAUCUUCUUUAAAACGUGUCAACAAGCUGAAUGCCCAGGAGGAUGCCGAAAUGGAGGCUUUUGUAAUGAAAGACGUGUCUGCCAGUGUCCUGAUGGAUUCUAUGGACCUCACUGCGAGAAAGCCCUUUGCACACCAUGGUGUAUGAAUGGCGGACUUUGUGUUACUCCUGGUUUCUGCAUCUGCCCACCUGGAUUCUAUGGAGUCAAUUGUGAUAAAGCAAACUGUUCAACCACCUGCUUUAAUGGAGGCACCUGUUUCUACCCUGGAAAGUGUAUUUGCCCUCCAGGACUAGAGGGAGAACAGUGUGAAAUAAGCAAAUGUCCACAACCUUGUCGAAACGGAGGUAAAUGCAUUGGUAAAAGUAAAUGCAAGUGCUCCAAAGGUUACCAAGGAGACCUCUGUUCGAAGCCUGUUUGUGAGCCUGGCUGUGGUACACACGGAACCUGCCAUGAACCCAACAAAUGCCAGUGUCAAGAAGGCUGGCAUGGAAGACACUGCAAUAAAAGGUACGGAGCCAGCCUCGUGCAUGCCCUGAGGCCAGCAGGCGCCGGGCUCGGGCAGCACACGCCUUCACUUAAAAAGCCCGAGGAAGGGCAGGAUCCACCUGAAUCCAAUUACAUCUGGUAAACUCCGACAUCUGAAACGUUUUAAGUUACACCAAGUUCAUAGCCUUUGUUAACCUUUCAUGUGUCGAAUGUUCAAAUAAUGUUCAUUACAGUUAAGGAUACUGGCCUGAAUUUUAUUAGCUUCGUUAUAAAUCACUGAGCUGAUAUUUACUCUUCCUUUUAAGUUUUCUAAGUACAUCUGUAGCAUGAUGGUAUAGAUUUUCUUGUUUCAGUGCUUUGGGACUGAUUUUAUAUUGUCGGUUGAUCAGGUUAACAUUUUGCCUUUUCAGUGUGUAGUUGGCAGAUAAUUUUCAAAAUUACAAUGCAUUCAUGGUGUCCAGGGGCAGGGGAACCUUAGAAAAGGUAAAUCACAAGGGUUUGGAUGAAGCAGUCAAUAGUGCCGAAGUUACACUGUUUCAAAUUUUGUUGUCAUGUAUUUAGAUGUUUCAUGUUUCACAUUUUUAAAAAUUGCUCUUAUUUUUUAACUCUCACUACAUUUUGACUUUACCAUUAUUGCAGAGAAUUUGAUAUUAACAAAAAAAAAGCAAACAAACAAAACACUGUGGUAGUGUCAUUUAAACAAUAUAAUAUAUUGUAAGCACAAUAAAAUAGGGACUAUAAUGUAUGAACUCUUUGCAUUGGCUUGAAGCAAUAUAAUAUAUUGUAAACAAAACACAGCUCUUACAUAAUAAACGUUUUAUACUAUUUGUAUGUAUAAAAUAAAAGUGCUGCUUUAGUUUUCUGAAUAUUGCAUAGAGUGUUCUUUGCAUGUGCUAUCUUAUGCAAAUAAACUGUGUUGCCAUUCCGUGGUAUUUUGAUACUUUGAAGUACCAUAAAGAGGCUAAGAUGUUCCAUUCUCUCACUCUGUCUUAGCUCUCCAGACACAUCCCUUCCUCUUUUCUCUCUGUGAGCAAGCUAAUUUUUGGUAUCCCUUCGAACUGAUAAUCUUUAAAAUAUAUCUUCCACGUUUAUUCACAGAUGAACUGUGUGAGGAAGAGGUGGCAAAAGAAGAGUUGAUGGCAGGGUUCAACUUCUCAUCUACUAUCCCAAUUUGUCCCUGACCCUAGCAAACAAAAGCUCUACAGUUAAGUCCAGCCAGGCUAUUCAGAGGGCAGUUGAUUGAGCAUAUUGUUAUUUGGCCCUGUUACUGGAAAUUUUUGAACACCACCUCAAGUGGCUUCUCAAAGUAUUACCAUCAAUCACAUACAAUAAAAAACCAAGACCAUUGCCAUCUAGUGGAUUCUGACUC